GAGGGAGAAUUAAAGCAAAAGCAACAAAAAAAAGUAGGAAAUUCUUCAAAAUUCGUAAAUUAUAGCGUAUGAAUAAAUAGAAGGGAAAUUCAAAUAUAAAAGGGGCAGUGGUAGCCAUCCCUGUUUCAAAAGAGGGAAAAAAAGAAAUUAGUAUGAAGAAGAGUUUGGGAGUGAGCAUUGGUAGCAGCGGCCGAUCUUCGGCGGGCGACGGGGAGGAGGACGAGACGUCGAAAACGGCGAUAGCGAGCUAUCAAGCGAGGGAUGAGGAGAUCGAGAGGAGGAAAAUGGAGGUGAGAGGGAGGCUUGAAUCUCAGAUCACCCGCGCAGAGGAAGAGGCCAAGCGUUUGACUCAAGUUUGGGCGGAACUUGAAGAGUUGACAGAUCCAAUGAGAAAAGAGGUGUCCAAUGUUCGAAAAAGAUUAGAAGUAGCUAAUCGUGACCUCAAAUCCCUUCAACAGAUCUGCCAAAAAAAAGAAAAAGAAUAUAAAGAAGCAAUGGAGGCUUUUCAAGAAAAGAGCAAUGAAAGAUCCCAACUCACCACAUCCCUUAUGGAGCUGUUGAAUGAAAGUGAGAAAUUCAGAAUGAGAAAGCUGGAAGAACUCAGCAAGAUAGCCAACUUAAAGGCUUGAGCAUUGUAUUUCUAUUAUUUUUUUUCGAACAUUUCUUGAAUCGAAUGCCAUCAAAUUUUCACUA